AUGGAUGGUGAAAAUAUGAAAAAUGAAGAAUUAUGUUUAGAAUUGAGAAUCAAAGAAGAGAUUAAUGACGAAAUAUUAUAUGAAGUGGAUUUCAAAAAUGAUGAAAUUUGUGACUAUAUUAUUAGUGAUAAUAAAAUAAUACUAGAAAAUAAAAGAAUUAAAAUUGAACGAAAGUUACAUUCAGAAUUAAUUAUAAAAGAUGAAAGUUAUGAUGAAAUGUUUGAAGAAACUGAAACUGAUUCAAAUUGUCGAGAAUUGGUCAAAGAAAAUUAUUCUUGUGAUGUUUGUGAUAAAAUAUUUACAACUAAAAUUAAAAAGUUCAAUCGAAAAGACAGUUUAGUUGUACAUAAACGAACACAUACUGGAGAAAAACCAUUUUCUUGUGAUGUUUGUGAGAAAAAAUAUAGCCAAUCUCAAAGUUUAGUUCUACAUAAACGAACACAUACUGGCGAAAAACCAUUGUCCUGUGAUAUUUGUGAGAAAAAGUUUAAUCGAAAAGAUAAUUUAGUUGUACAUAAACGAUUACAUACUGGAGAAAAACCAUUCUCUUGUGAUGUUUGUAAGAAAAAGUUUAAUAGAAAAGACAAUUUAGUUGUUCAUAAACGAACACAUACUGGAGAAAAACCAUUCUCUUGUAAUAUUUGUAAGAAAAAAUUUAACCACUCUCAAAAUUUAGUUCUACAUAAACGAACACAUACUGAAGAAAAACCAUUGUCCGGUGAUAUUUGUGAGAAAAAGUUUAAUCGAAAAGACAAUUUAGUUGUACAUAAACGAUUACAUACUGGAGAUAAACCAUUCUCUUGUGAUGUUUGUGAGAAAAAAUAUAGCCACUCUCAAAGUUUAGUUCUACAUAAACGAACACAUACUGGAGAAAAACCAUUUUCUUGUGAUGUUUGUGAGAAAAAAUAUAGCCACUCUCAAAGUUUAGUUCUACAUAAACGAACACAUACUGGAGAAAAACCAUUCUCUUGUGAUGUUUGUGAGAAAAAGUUUAAUAGAAAAGACAAUUUAGUUGUGCAUAAACGAACACAUACUGGAGAAAAACCAUUCUCUUGUAAUAUUUGUAAGAAAAAAUUUAACCACUCUCAAAAUUUAGUUCUACAUAAACGAACACAUACUGGAGAAAAACCAUUUUCUUGUGAUGUUUGUGAGAAAAAAUAUAGCCAAUCUCAAAGUUUAGUUCUACAUAAACGAACACAUACUGGAGAAAAACCAUUCUCUUGUAAUGUUUGUAAGAAAAAAUUUAAUCACUCUCAAAAUUUAGUUCUACAUAAACGAACACAUACUGAAGAAAAACCAUUGUCCUGUGAUAUUUGUGAGAAAAAGUUUAAUCGAAAAGAUAAUUUAGUUGUACAUAAACGAUUACAUACUGGAGAAAAACCAUUCUCUUGUGAUGUUUGUAAGAGAAAAUUUAAUCACUCUCAAAAUUUAGUUCUACAUAAACGAACACAUACUGAAGAAAAACCAUUAUCCGGUGAUAUUUGUGAGAAAAAGUUUAAUCGAAAAGACAAUUUAGUUGUACAUAAACGAUUACAUACUGGAGAAAAACCAUUCUCUUGUGAUGUUUGUGAGAAAAAGUUUAAUCGAAAAGAUAAUUUAGUUGUACAUAAACGAUUACAUACUGGAGAAAAACCAUUCUCUUGUGAUGUUUGUGAGAAAAAGUUUAAUAGAAAAGACAAUUUAGUUGUACAUAAACGAACACAUACUGGAGAAAAACCAUUCUCUUGUAAUGUUUGUAAGAAAAAAUUUAACCACUCUCAAAGUUUAGUUCUACAUAAACGAACACAUACUGAAGAAAAACCAUUGUCCGGUGAUAUUUGUGAGAAAAAGUUCAAUCGAAAAGACAGUUUAGUUGUACAUAAACGAUUACAUACUGGAGAAAAACCAUUCUCUUGUGAUUUUUGUGAGAAAAAAUUUACUGCCAAACAAAAUUUAGUUAAACAUAAUCGAACAAUGCAUACUACAGAAAAACCAUCCCCGUGUGAUCCUAAUAAAACAUCUAUUUUGUACAUUUAAGACCACCAAACACCUUCAUACGUAUGUGAAGAUUGUGACCUAAUUAUUACCAAUCAAAAUGAAUUAAA